GGAAUGUUUGGCCAUCGACAAUAGUGCGGUUUACAUGAGCACCAACACCAAUAUUUUAAAUCUUAUUUGAUCAAAAUUCAUGUCAAUCUCAAAAAGUAAAUUUGUUUUUGUUUAAACAAUAUUAAUUAACAAGAUCAUGAAAAGAAGUAGUUUUUAUAAAUUGUUUUGGUGUUAAUUAACAGAAAAUAAAAUCUACAGAAAAGGAGGGCUGCUAUAACCCCAUGAAUAAUUGCGAGAAUCGUAUUUAAAAUUAAACAUCCAAACCACGAUGUCAUCUGGUAACUUUCGUCCAAAUAUUAACAGCUCGCUGUUUCCGUUGAAGUCAAUGUCUGACGUUGUGGAUUUCUUUCGUAAAUGUCUUGAGAAUACGCCAGGUGAUUCAGAACCGGAUCUCACCUUACUUUCUAUAGUGGCCGGUUUUAUUGAAAUUUCGCUUACAACUGGCAAGGUUGCUGAAUUGGCUGUCAGUGAGAAUUCUGGGGCUUCAAAUGGGGAUUCAGCAGAUGGAGAAUGUUCAACGUUUCCCAUUGUCACUUAUGAGAUGGUGAAUAAUCUUUACCAGAAAUACCAAAACAUAUUGACUCACAUUCAGAAACCCAAGUCCGGACGUUAUGCAAAUCGCGAUGUUAUCAAAAGAGUGUCCGAUAUUAUUUGGCAUUCUUUGUUUUGGAGUAGUCACAAAGAUCGAGCUCAUUUACAAAAUUUGUACAGUUAUUUGUCAUACAACAAGUUGGAUUGUUUCGGAGUUGCUCUUGGGGUGGUUGCUGGUUGUCAAUUACUUGGAUACAAAGAUGUUCAUCUGGCAAUUUCGGAGGAUCAUGCUUGGGUUGUGUUUGGGAAAAAACGUCAAGAGGCUGUGGAAGUUACUUGGCAUGGAAAAGGAAGCGAGGAUAAACGUGGGCAGGAUGUAACGGCAGGAAUUGAAUCAAAAGCUUGGCUUUAUUUGUCAGGGAUGCCAGUAAUUUGCGAUCGGUACAUGGAAGUUGCUUCGAUUGUUACUGCAAUAAAUAUAUCUUUAACAGCUAACGUUGAUUGUGUAGAGAUUGCGGAGUUGCAACAACGCCUUUUGUGGCUGCUCUACGAUAUGGGAUAUUUGGAGAAAUACCCAAUGGCACUAGGAAACCUUGGAGAACUAGAGGAAGUAAGUCCUACCAUUGGAAGAAAAAGCUGCGAGGCAUUAUACAUAGAGGCAAUACAAUCGGCUAAAAUCUACUAUAGCAAUCAUCAUGUUUAUCCGUAUACGUAUCAAGGCACUUAUUACUAUCGCAUUGGUAAAUAUAGAGAAGCUUUUCGAUCUUGGGCAAAUGCCGGUGACGUUAUACGACUGUACACCUACAGCUGUCGCGAUGACGAAGAAAUAUAUAAAGAGUUUGUUGAUAUUGCAAACGAAAUGAUACCAUAUAUAAUAAAAACGGAAAGUUCCGGCCACUCAGGAAGAAGUGUUUUGCGUGAUUCUGAAGUUUUUGCUAACAUUUUGAGGUUCUAUGAUGGAGUGUGUCAAUGGGAAGAAGAAAGCUCAACUCCUAUAUUGCACAUAGGCUGGGCAAAACCUCUGGUCAACACUAUUUCAAAAUUUGACUAUGACAUAAGAUCGCAAGUUGUGAUAAAUGUAUUAGAAGAAAGUGAAGAUUUUAAAUCGACAAAACUAAAAAAAAACCCUACUUAUGCGACGAAAGGAAAUUCUUUGCGGACUGAAAAUAAAUUAGUUGAAGGAAAUAAUAACAAUUCAAUAACGUGUUACGACAAACUGGUCCUUCCUGAAAGUAAGCUGGAUAAAAAGUCAGAACUAUCUACAACUCUUGCGGAUAUCACAGCUGCUUGUGGGGAAAAAAUAUUGAAUCCUGAUUUUCUCCUCCAAGGAGGCGGACAAUUAUUCACUACUGAUCCAAAGUACCUUGCAGCACGUAGCGAUGCAAAACAAAACGACGACGUCACAACUUCAAAAAACACUCGUAAACAAAGCCCACUUGCAUUUCCCAAACUUAUAUUGCCUCCUAUAUCAACAUCACCAAAGCAUAUUUUACAAUAUGACGAUGACUAUGAGUUUAUGCCCAAACAUCCGGUAAUAUUCCUACACAGCCAGAAGAUGAAAGGCAUCAAAGACUUGCUUUUAAAUGAAAAGCUCAAUACCCAUGCUAUUUCGCUACAAGUUACGGCUCAUUCAGUUGUAAAUAAGAAAGCCAGAGGAGCCGAAAAAUCAGUUUUAAACACAGGAUGUCAGGCCAGUGUCCAAGCAACAGAAUCUUCAAUGGUCACACGACCGAAAAGAGCACGACGUGAAUAAUUAAACUAACAUACCUAUUACCUAAUGCAUAAUAUUUAUAGAAAUAAGAUAUAAAUAAUAAUUGCUUAUUUAUUUGUCCACUCUUGUCUAAGAAAAAAAAAGAGGAUUGAAUCCGUUUUGUUAUGAAAGCUUUAAGCUUAAAAAAAUUAGCGUUAGAAGCAAUAAGAAAAAGAGAAAUUUACUUUUGCACGUUACAUUUGUGUAUAUGUAUGUACAAGAAAAGAAGCAGCAGAAAAAAAAAUUAGUAAGCAUUCACAUGUAAGCAGUCUAUGUUUUGUAUCGAUGGUGUUAUUUCUGUUAAUCUUUAUAUGAUUUAAGAGUCUAUCGUUAAAAAUUAAGAUAAUAUUUAUAAUAUAUAUUUUUGUAAACCUUUUAACCAAACUUAAAGUUGGUAGCGCAACCUAAAAACGUUAACUAUAUAUUUGUGAAAAGUUGUUUAUGUUUCAUUUCUAAAAGGUAUGUAUUUAUUGUUCUCUUAAGUAUUUUGUCCCUUUUUAUAUUAUUGUAAUCCUUUUUAGAUUACGGUAUUUUAAGAUAUAUAUAUAUAAAUGAUCACAAACAAUAACUGAUUGAAGUUUACACAUUUUUUGUUUUUUUUUUUAUUAAAGACAAAUACAGUUCAUGAUGUUAGCAAUAAAUUUUUUAAAUGGUAUUUAAAUCUUAAUGGUUGAAAAUGCCUUCCAGUAGAAUGCACAGAAUACAAUAUACUCACAUUUAUUUCGAAUACAUACCUAUUUACUUUAUAAAUAUAAA